ACUGAGGGGCUUGAAUUUGAUUGGGUGAGAAGGAACAGAAGGUGAUUAUGCAGCGUAUAGGAAAGAUCUUCUUCUAUGAGGACAAGAACUUCCAGGGUCAUUACUACGAAUGCAGCAGUGACUGCCCUGAGAUCAGCUCCCACGUCAGCCGCUGCAACUCCAUCCGGGUGGAGAACGGGGCCUGGGUCAUCUAUGAGAGACCCCAUUACAUGGGCUACCAGUACGUCCUCGUGAGAGGGGAGUACCCCAACUUCCAGAGCUGGAACGGCUUCAAUGACACCAUCCACUCCUGCCGUCUCAUCAGAUAUCCUUCCAGCAGGUACAGGAUGCGCAUCUACGAACGUCCACAAUUCAGCGGCCAGAUGAUCGAGUUCAGUGAGGACAUGCCCAACCUGCUGGACCGCUGGCGCUACCGGGACGUUAACUCAGCUCACGUGCAGGACGGCGUCUGGGUCUUCUACGAGCAUCCAAACUAUGGUGGACGCCAGUACCUGCUGGAGAAGGGCGAAUACAGACGGCAUGUAGAGUGGGGGGCCCUUCACCCGUCUGUAGGCUCCAUUAAACGUGUUGUGGACUUUUAGACCACGUUCCACUUCUUGUUUCUC